AUGGCUGAUACCCCCAUGCCGUUGACGGCACACCUUACGGAGUUGCGGACGCGGCUCUUCUGGAGUGUGGCCGCCCUUGCCGUUGGUUUUCUGGUCUGUUACGGCAUCUCCGAUUUCAUUGUCGCGGCAGUGCAGUUCCCCUGGACGCCGAUUGGCGAGGGCCUGCACGUGCCGCUGCAGAUCAUCGCCCCCGCCGAAGCCUUUCUCACGUACCUUAAAGUCGCCUUCUUCGCCGGGCUGUUCAUCGUUUUGCCCGUCAUCCUGCACCAGUUGUGGAAAUUCGUGGCGCCAGGACUCCUGGAGCACGAGCGUAAGUACACGAUCCCCUUUCUGGUCGGUUCGACAACGCUGUUCUACGCGGGCGGUGCGCUGUUCUACCUCCUUCUGCCGUUUGUGGUGACCUUCCUCCUCAGCUUCGCCAGCGACGACAUCACCGCGCACCUGUCGGUCGGCUAUUACGUCUCUUUCUGCCUGCGGCUGAUGAUCGCCUUCGGGCUUGUCUUUCAACUGCCCGUCGUGGUGGUGUUUCUCACCCAACUCGGUCUGGUCACCUCGCGCGGCCUGAUCCGGCAUUUCCGUUACGCGGUGGUCUUGGCCUUUGUGCUGGCCGCGGUGUUGACCCCGCCGGACCCGAUUUCGCAGAGCUUCAUGGCGUUGCCGACGCUGCUGCUCUAUAGCGUCAGCAUCCUGGUUGCCAAGCGCAUCGAGUCGCGCCGGGCGCGCGAAGCUGACGAUGAUGAUGACGAUGAGGAUUAG